UAUAUUUAUCUAAACAAAAUGGAAAAAGAAACGAGAAUUUUUACUUUUCUCACAGACAUGUUUUUUCUCAGGAUGAAUAAAGUUUUGGACAAAGAAAUAUGAAACACUGUACAGAAGGAUGAAAACAGAUUACGGUCUAUAUGGAAUAACAAACGUCUAGAAUUAGAAGAAAUGGGAGGAAAACAAAUGGUCAUGAAUAUCAUUUUGUGUCUGUUGGUCAUGAUAUUUGAUUAUGUGUCAGCCAUAUCUCCAGAUUCAAUAAUGAUAAGAAAAGAUGAUGAUUGCAAAUCCAGAAACUUUGUUAGGAAAAGACAGACAUACAUAUUUACGGCAUAUGAAAUACUCGAUAAAUGUAAUUUUGACAUAACAAUACCAAGCUACUAUGGAAGUAGUCAAUACUGUGUGACGGUCGAUCAUGUCAAUAUUGACGAGGAUCUGUGUCCGAUGGAACUGAAGAUAUAUGAAGGAUUAGUUACUUACGGAAAAACUGCUACAGUGCACUUAACUUGUGAUAGUCAAGUAACAACAAAAGAACCCAUAUGUGUGUCAGGUAUUGGAAAUGGAAUAUUCAUAGUCUUUAGAACUUACAGAAAAUCUCGCUUAAGCAGAGUUCAUUUGAAAGUCACGUAUGGACCUAUACCCAGAACCACGACUGUGAUAACUCCAAAUACAUGGGAAGAUGCGGGAGAUCGUUUAGACAUGUCUUUAAAUAUGGUACUAAUGUUAACAUUAGUUAUCAGUGGAACAGUUAUUGUUAUCAUUGUAUGUUAUUGUUGUUGCUGUCGGAAGAGGUCUAGCAGCGGAACUGUGAUACGACAGCCACAGAAUAGACGAUCUCCACGAUCUCCAGCUUCAUCUGCACCUUUGCAACAAUCUCAUAUUCAACCAAGUGCACCAGAUCCUUACCCUCAUACAUACGCCACAGGGCCACCACCUUAUGAUAACAUUACUAAUAUUCCAUUGACACAGCCAACGGCACCACCUUUAGAAUCUUUACAUUACCCACAUGAUCCAAUGGUUUCUGAUGCACCACCAUCCUAUGAGUCUGUUAUACAGAACAAAAUAUGAUUAAAGAUGUUUUUCAGAGAGAUGAAAGGAUACAGUAGAAGAUCAGACAAAAAGGAAAAAAUAGUGCAUUUGGAUUGCCUAUGGCACUAUAGAAAAGUCAAUGGUAUCAUCAAUGAUUUUUUCAUUUAAGUUUCAGUUCAUCAUAAAAUCUAUUGAUUCUAAUCCGCAAGUACUACCUAUCUUUGAUUUUAUCAAAAAUGGCAAACUUUAUUUUCGAAAUUUUCCAAGAGUGCAUGUUUUAUUUAUGUCAAUUUGAAUUACAAUGUUGUAUAUCUAUAUGAUGUUUCCUAUGUGAAGUUCUACUAAUGAGCUACUAUAUGUACAAAUGCAUCACUUACAAAAUUCAUGGUUUUUAUGCCCCUGCCGUAGCAGAGGGGGCAUUAAGUUUUACCCUUGUCCGUCUUUACAUCCGUCCAUCCAUACGUCCUUACGUCCCAAAAUUGGUUUCCGUUCUCUAACUUUAGUUUGCCUCAACCAACUGUUAUGAAACUUAAGCACAAUGCUAAUAACCACAAAACACAGAUCAAGUGUGAAUUUUGCUGGCGUCACUUUUACCGUUCUAGAGUUAUGCCCCUUUACAAAUGGAAAAAUUGCUGAAUUUUUCGUUUCGGUUCUCUAACUUCAGUUUGCCUCAACCAAAUGUUAUGAAACUUAUGCACAUUGCUUAUAACCACAAAACACAGAUCAAGAGUGAAUUUUGGUGUCGUCACUUUUACCGUUCUUUACAAAUGGAAAAAUUGCUGAAUUUUCCGUUUCCGUUUUUUCUCUAACUUAAGUUUGCCUCAACCAAAUUUUAUGAAACUUAUACACAAUGCUUAUUACCACAAACUCAGAUCAAGUACAAAUUUGUCUAGCGUCACUUUUACAGUUCUUGAGUUAUGUCCCUUUAUAAUGUUAUAUGCAAGCGGGGGCAUCAUCUGUGUCCCAUGGACACAUUCCCCAUUUAUUUUUUUAUAUUUUGGAUGUGUUUAUAGAUUAUUUUAAUCAACUGCAAGAGGAUUUUAUAUGUAUUAUAGCUGUUUGUAUGCCACUUUUGGAAUUUUCAGACUUUCCCAAGAAAUUUUGAUAUCACAAGAGAAAACGUCUAAUGUCUCAGUGCAAAAGUGAUUGUUGUAUCAUGCCAAGAAGUCAAGUGUUAAUAAUCUCUGGUCAAUCAAAAUGUGGCCUUUUUUUUUCUCUCGUCUGUCAAAGGACAAAAAAUGUUGCAAAAAUUUGUUAUUUUCAUUCUGAUAAAAAAGUUAAAUUUUACACUGGAAUUGGUCAAAUGUAAAAUAAAAGAUUUGUUGUUUUUAAAGGAAAAUAGGUGAAAAAUCUAGGACUACACUACAUCUCAGGGGAAUAUUAACAUUUCUACAUGUCUUUUCAAAACAUAGCUUGUCCAAUUCUUAUGAUAAAGAAAAGAAACGAAAGUCUACUCUAUGUGGUGGGAGCAUGGGACUACUUGAAAAUUUUACUCCAACUCCAACUACGGAAAAGUGAAAAUAACACUAAAUCACCUGAUCUGUAGUGAAUUUACAUUAUACCGUAACAGAAAGUGAAGAUAUAGGUAUUGCUGUUUUAAGUCCCCAAAACAUGUAUUUGUUUCACAUGUUAGAGGAGGAUUAGAAUCUAAAGAAUAUUUUAAUUGAGUUUUAUUUAUAACAUUUGUAUAUAUUUAAUUACUAUUUAAUUAGGUGGAUAUGAUAUUUUUCCACACAAGAUCAUUUGAAUUUUAUUGUGUUGAAUUGCAAAGUGUUUUUGAAGAUUCAAAAAAUUAACCAGAGCUAGAAUAGAUGGAUUUUGAAUGGAUUUAGGGAGGACCCAUGAAUCCAGUUUCUGUUUUAAGAACAAUUUUUCAGUCAUUUGUAUCGGACAUGAUACAAUGGUAGGAUAUGACUCCUGAAAGAUGCUUAAUGAAGCCAUGAUCAUUUGUAGUGAUUCACUGAAAUAUUGUGUUCUUUUUGAUGGGUAGGAAUUUGAGAAAGUAGUUCUGGUCAAUGGGAAGUUCUCAAAUUAAGCUCACUUCUCCCAAUCAUACUUUAUUUGUUAUCAGAUUGGCUUGACAAUUCUUCAUUCAAUAUCUAGAAUUUGCAAAUGACCUUGUAUCCUAAUGUUUCCAUGUGUUUCUGUAAAUUCAAAAGAGUUUUGAUGUUGUUAUUAUUGCAAAAAUUGCGAUAGUAUACUCUACUAUUG